AUAUUCUCUCGCAUCCCUAUUCUGGGUGCCUAACAGCUCCCGAUUAUCGCUUAAGAACAAUCCGCGUCUGGCCCCGGCAUCCUUCCAAACGAGGCAGGGGAGAUCGCCUUAUUUGCAUGAUUUGGGUUUAGUUCUCAUUUAACGCAAGUGGAUAUUCCGUGGAAUAAUAAGAAUAAUCAUCACCAUCCUACUGGCAGAAGGAACCCCCCACGCAUGCGCAUGGAUGAUGCUCAGCCGGCCCUGGGUGAGCAGCCCAGCUUUAACGGAUGUGACCACGGCAAAGAUUUGCAGCUCUCCCCCGGCAUUGAUGGUGAAAUUCCCAUGGGAUCAGAGCGGAUGGAGAUGCGUAAGAGGCAGAUGUCCGUGCAUCAGGAGACAGUAAGCUCCACUCAAGCACAGCAGGGCGUUGGGAAUAGGGGAUCCAAUGCCUGUUGCUUCUGUUGGUGCUGUUGCUGCAGCUGCUCAUGUCUCACUGUCAGAAAUCGAGAUGAAGAAAGAACAAGGAGGUCUUCUAAUGAAAUCAGAGGUGAAGGCAUACCAAACUGUGAGGAAAGUCCAUCCCCUACUCUUGAAGAUGUGUACUCGUGGGGACAGUCGUUUGACAAACUAAUGACUACUCCAGGUGGGAGAAACGCUUUCCGUGAAUUCCUGCGAACAGAAUUUAGUGAGGAGAACAUGCUUUUUUGGAUGGCUUGUGAAGACCUUAAAAACGAAUGCAAUAAGAACAUAAUAGAAGAAAAGGCACGGCUAAUAUACGAAGACUACAUCUCAAUUUUGUCUCCCAAAGAGGUCAGCCUGGACUCCAGAGUCAGGGAAGUUAUUAACAGGAAUAUGUUGGAACCUUCCCAACACACAUUUGAUGAUGCUCAGCUCCAGAUAUACACCUUAAUGCACAGAGACUCCUACCCACGUUUUAUGAACUCUGUAAUAUACAAGAAUCUUCUUCAGUCCUUGUCGGAGAAAAACAAAGAAUCUUAGUUAUGUUUCCUUUUGUUUUGUCUUUUGUGUUUUUUAAAUUACAAUUUAUAUUGUUCUAUGUUGUUCUUGUUAUUUAUUUUUUAAAAAAAGAAUAAAAACCUGGGGUACCAAUCCUUGGCAGGGAGUUAAGAGCUACUCAUACCCUUACCUGAAAGUGACACUCAGGCUUAUUUUAAUACGGACUAUAAUUCUUACCUUCUGCUGAGGACCCUUCGUUGCCAUGCCUGCUCCAGGUAGUGAUCAACCUUACCAACUUUUUUUUUUCCCCAAAAAAGUUGGAGAACAUUUUUAAGUGAAAUAUAUAUAUAUAUUACCCCUUUGGGCAUCUUAGGUGUGCGCUCUAUAUUUGUGGAACACCCCUCUGGUAUUCAAAGGGUUAAACGCAGUAGUUGUAUUUUUACAACAGUAAUUAGCAUGUACUCAAAGACAUGGGUUACCCUGGUGGACGUGCCUUGAUGUUUUAGGAGGAUUUUCUAGGCAGCACUAGGUUAAACCUUCACUUACAUUUAUAACGUCUUACAAAUGGAAAUAUUGUUUUGGGUUUGUAUUUCCACUUGGAGUAUAUUCAUGAGAAAGAAACCAGCAGUGCGCUGACCUAAAAGUAAAGAGAAAAAAAAAAAAAUACUGAACAACCUCAAAACUGUCAAAGCCAAUUUUGUGAAAAAAACUGCUUUUAAAUGUUUUUUUUUCUUCAUGCUGGGAAACCGUUACAAGAAAGUUAUUAUUUUCAUGGAAACAUUCUCACAGAUUAUUCAAUUAACUAAAAUUGUGAAUGUUUAUAACGGUUAGUUUUGAACAAAAAAAAAAAAGUUAAAUGUGGAUAUUUACAUUCUUUAGCAAAAAUAUUACUGUAAUAAAGCACAAUAGUUUUAUCUGAAUAA